AUAAAACUACGUUGGAUACCUGUCAAAUAACUAACAAAGCCUUGGGACCUGCAACGAGCGCCAACGCGCGGGAACUGUCAGCAGCCUUUCCUCAACACAAGCGCUGUGUCGCUGUACGUACAAUAAACUGGCCAUAGUAUAAGGCUGAUCAAAGCGGUCCUGACAUGGAGGUGACGGGCGCACUCGGCGUUCGGCCGGACCGGCUGCAACUUGAUAAGCUUUCAUCGCUUGGGAAAUGGAUUUUUGAAACUGGCACGAAGCACAACUUCAUUAAUAAGACGCUUACCGCGUUGGACGUGGAGCCCGAGCCCGAUGUGGAGUACCUGCUGGGCGAUCGUUAUCUGGACUUCUCGCUUUGCCUGGUUUUUGCGUUUGCAUUCCCCUUCAUCCGGGCAAUCCUGCGCAAGUAUGUGUACGAGCCAUGGGGCCGGUACGCGAUGGGCUUUGGUGACCCCAAGAAGACCGACAAGCGCAUGGACGAGGCGGCGCAGGCCAAGAUGCGCAAGUGGUGCGAGAGCUGCUGGAAGAUGACCAUCUACAUUGCCUUCACCACACUGGCGCUGGUCGUGUGCUGGGGCGAGGUGUGGUUCACGGACAGCCGCUACUGGUGGCUGGGCUGCACUCGCUUCCCGCCCUGCAACCUGCCGGUCAGCCGCGGGCUGCUGCUGUUCUACUGCGCCGAGACCGGCUUCUACCUGCAGGCCAUCCACUUCCUCACCUUCCACGAGGAGCGGCGCAAGGACUGGCUGGAGUCCAUGAUCCACCACGUGGUCACCUCGGGCCUGCUGCUCUACUCGUACGCGCUCAACUUCACGCGCGUGGGCGUGGUGGUCAUCCUUAUCCACGACGUGUCCGACAUCUUCCUGGAGAUGGCAAAGCUGGCGCGCUACGCCGACCGCGAGGCCACCAUCGGCACGCCCGCCUUCGUGGUGUUUUUCCUGUCCUGGGUGGCGUGUCGCGUGGUUGUUUUCCCGUUGUUUGUGAUCCGCUCCACGCUGUUCGAGCCGGUGGUGCUGGUGGGCGCGUACCUGGGUGUGGAGCCGCGGCCGCACUGGGAGAUCUUCAAUGGGUUGCUGAUAUUACUGUUCGUACUGCACCUGUACUGGACGGUGCUCAUCUUUGAGGUAAUCCGGAAGCAGCUGCGCGAUGGCAUCUGGGCAGACGUGCGGGAGAAGGACCCUUGAGCGGGGUGGGGCAUGGGCGGCUAGUGCGUGUGUGUGAGUGGUUGGGGUCGCUGAAGCAGCGUUGAUGGAGGGAGGAGGACUGGAGAGAGAAGAGUGUGUUCGUGAAACGCCACGCUGUGCGUACGAGCAGAACACCUGUAAGUCGUAAGGAGUAGGAUUGCAGUGGACUUUCUUGGACGGUUUCUGCACAAUUAUAACGGAAAGAAGAUCAGACAGCAUCAACAGCUUUGGCUUUGGUGUGGUGCAGGGCUUCAGGCAGUAAUGUCUGCGGCGCAAGCAACAUAUGUGUAACACCGGGAAGUGGUACAGGAGACCGCCUUGCAGUUGUAGAAGCGGCGGACCUUGCAGCGGACCUAUCCCGGACUGGCAUGGCACGGAGUACGUCCGCAUGGUGAGGCACCGAGGCAGGUUACCGCUACAGUGGGGGUCAGUAAGGGGAGGAGCCUCUCCCACGAGCUUCCCCUGGGCACCUGCUGACCUGCAUUUAAGUUUGGAGGGAAGUGUAGAGAGCCCGGGCCCACGGGAGAGGUGGGGGUGCCUGAGGAAUGCCUGAAUAGGAGCUUUGAUGAAUCCCCGCCCGCAUGUGCUAGGUCGACAUUCCUGUCAUCCUGUGGACGUGGGUGAGGACUUAAGAGUAGAAACAUGAGACGGGGACCGGACUUUGCAUAGUGAAGAACAUGCGGAGUUGCAGGAUUGGUUCGUAACACCCCCCUGCAUGCUGCACCUUGAAACUGAUGAUGAUGGCAUGGAACUACCGUAUGGAAGUGCCUCACGUUUAGGUUUGGGGGGCUGGGGUUCGGGCGCUGAGCGGUGGGUUGUGGCUUGGCUUCAAGCCUUCAACUAG